AGUCUCAUUUCAGCUUUUGCACCUGGCUAGUCGUCAUAGAAGAACGAAUUUUCCUUCGCAUCGUUUCCUGACGAUCUGAUCUCAUUUCUUUCACAUUUUUUCUCUCAAAGUUAAAAAUACUACUUCAAUCAAUUUUUAAAGUUUUACAUCAAGAUAAUACGCCAUGAAGUGCCAUUUUCCCCAACUUAUCACAAUCAUCCUCUCCUGUUGCUUUCAUGUAGGACUGUCCGAGUUUUAUACUGCAAUAGCAGAAUUAGAAAAACUGUUGGAAACUGAAGCAAAAGUUGUAAACUCGUUAAACACUUACUUAAGGAUUGAAGAAGAAAGACUACAAAAGGUGAAAUGGCUAAGUCAGCAAUAUGCAGAUCUUUAUAAUGCAGCCAAUAAGGACGUCGAGACAUUUUUGUCGAAUCCUGUUAAUGCAUACUUAUUGGUUAAGCGAUUGUCAGCUGACUGGGAAACAACCAAUCAAAUUGUUGAAAGUCUUGAAAGCAGAGAGGUGAUUCAAAAUAUAACUAACGAAGUGAUAGCUUUUCCGAACAAAGAAGAUUUGUCUGGAGCUGCUGCAGCCUUAAUUCGACUCCAAGAAAUCUAUCUACUAGACGCUGCUACACUUGCUGGAGGACAAAUAAAAGGAACCAUUCCAUCCAGUAAUCUUACAGCUGGGGACUGUUUUGAGCUUGGGAAACACGCCUAUUCACAGGGAAAUUGGAACCGUUCUAUCCUGUGGAUGGAGGAAUCAUUGCUGCGGCUGGAAUUAGAAGAGGAUCUUCAACCGCUAAAAACUGCCGAUAAAGCUGACAUUUAUGAAUACAUGGCUUUUUCGCAUUUUUCUUUAGACAACGUCAAUGCUGCUGCCGAGUUUACAGAAAAGUUAAUCCAGGUCGAACCCGAGCAUCCUCGUGCGAUGGGAAAUCUUCUGUUCUAUCAAAUUCGCGCAGCUGAAUACGAAAUGAAUAAGAAUGAAAAGGGAGACACGGGUCACAAUAUACCCGUAGAAUUCGCUAACAAUGUAGGGCUGGAUCCUGCUAUAACAAAAGCAUAUGAACAGUUAUGUAGAGGAGAAUCUCUAAAAACACUGGAGGAAGAGAGCGAGCUGUAUUGCUAUUACACAACCAACAACAACAGUUAUCUUCUACUGCAGCCUGUGAAAGUAGAGAUAUUAAAUUUCAAACCCAAAAUUGCCGUGUACUAUGAUGUUCUUAAAGAUAGAGAAUCAAAUGUUCUCAAAGAGAUUGCUCUUCCACAGCUAGCCAGAGCUACAGUUAACAAUGGAACAUCUGGACAAGUUGAAUUUGCAUCCUACAGAAUUAGUAAAAGCACUUGGUUGCAAGACUAUCAAUCAAUGGAUAUUCCAAAAAUCAACCAAAGAAUAGAAGACAUUACAGGAUUAGACACUGAGUUUGCAGAAGCUUUACACGUAAUAAAUUACGGUAUUGGAGGUCAUUAUGAACCACAUUUCGAUUUUGCUCAUCCAGAUGAAGUAGUUUCUUUCAUCCCAGAACUUGGUAAUCGAUUGGCCACAUGGAUAUUUUACUUAAGUGACGUUCCAGCUGGAGGAUCUACAGUUUUUCCCACACUUGGAGUUGAAGUGAAACCAGUAAAGGGAUCUGCAGCGUUUUGGUAUAACGUGUACAAAGAUGGCUCUGUUGAUGAAAAUACGAGACAUGCUGCAUGUCCAGUAUUAGCCGGAUCCAAAUGGGUUGCCAAUAAAUGGAUCCAUGAGUUUGGAAAUGAAUUUAACAGACCUUGUGGCUUAAGUCCAUACAUGUGAUUGUUUUCAUGAUUUAAAUGACGUUUAUCUUCAUUUGUGUUCAACGACAAUAUGACGAGAAUCUUAAGACAUGCUCUCAACACAACAGAUUAAGAAAAAAACUAACAAAUAAUAAAGAUAAAUCAAUGUCUGUAAACAUUUAAAGAAUUAUUGUUUUUUAAAUGCGAAUUUACCGCUUGGAGUACUACUAAAAUACCUAAGAUGAGAUCAUAUUAAACUUAAAAGAAUAUGUUCUGUUAAGAAUUAGAAUUCAUAAGAAUUUGUUAAGGCUAGAAAGUUGACCCAAAGAUAGAUAAUUCAUAUUAUACUGAAAAAGAGUGUUUAGAAGAAAAAGCAAAGCUUAUUUUUUACAAUACAGCUAGCUUUUAAAUUAGCACAAAAACUCAAUAAGAAAACAGUAUCCAAAACAAUCACAUUUUAUAAGAAAAGUAUCUGUAAUAGUUAUAGUGAUAGUUCAGUAGUAGUUAUAGUUUCAGUAAUAGUAACUGCCAUUAGAUCUUUAUGACACACAUCUUUAUAGCACGAGAAGUUUAACGUUUACUCAUAAAUUUACAGCGUUUGUUGUCCAUCUGAAAAUAUUUACAGGCAUUUUUCGAUCUAUGGCAUACUUAUUUCGUUUCGCACGACGUCUUUGCCUUCUCACAAUCGAUUGAAACAAACUAGUUGAGCUUUACAAAGGAAUUUUCUGGACAGAUAUGAUAAGACUAUUCUCAAAAUUUUUUUUAAGUUCUAUGUGUUUGUUAUCAAAAGUACGAAAUAUCAAGCUGUCAUUCAAUUGACUUUAACAUAAUACUCCAAGGGUUAAAAACAUUUGAAGAAC